AUGGAUGCUGAAAAUAUUCCCGAGGCAGCACUAGGGAACGGGUCCCUUGAUCACGGCUUGAACGAAGCGUCGCCAGCAGAGGCGCGGCCUUCCGUCGCAAAGCGAUCUCUCGAGACGGAUUGUAGCGACAACGUGGAUGAUGAGGAGGGCAAUGGAGCAAAGCGUACCAAGCUCGAUCUUGAGUCAGUAUCAGAAGUUCCUGCUGCCCCAGGCGGUGAAGUGGAUGAAACAGAUAAUGGAAGUAAGCCACAUUCGAGUAUGGAUGAUUCGAAACCCAAGCCAGUCGUUGCCUCUGCCGAUGACUCUCAAAUGAAUGGCAGCAAGGCUGCUUCUUGUCCCAACGCCUUUGAGUCGGAAGAAAGUCUGGCACACCAACGAUCGAUAAUGGAAAAUGGGGGCAGGUGGAGAACACAUCAGAUGGCCGAAGAUUAUGUGGGUGCUGUGGCAAAGCUAAUGUAUCCAGGAACCAAAUUUGGACCCUACGGCUACAACCACAACAUGCGGGAGUACCCACUCGAAUACAUAUCCGUCUUGGCCUUUAUCAAGAGCCCCUUGCGGCGGCCUGCCGUGAUUGAAAAGUGGAGUCCCUACGAAGUAGCCUUGUUUGAGGGUGCCAUGCUGCAUUAUGGCAAGGAGUUUCAUUUGAUUAGUCAGGAAAUUAAGACCAAGACGACUCAAGAAGUCAUUGACUUUUACUACGUUUGGAAAAAGACGGCACAUUACAAAAAGUGGAAGGAACAGUUUAUAACCGACGAGGACUUGGAGUAUCGACUGGAACAAGCAUCUACCGCUAAACGAUGA